AUGUCUAGCUCAAAUACCGUGUUCCGGGCAAGUACCACUGCCCCAGUCAACAUCGCUGUGAUUAAAUACUGGGGAAAGCGUGACACGGUCUUGAAUCUUCCGACCAACUCCUCUUUGUCCGUGACAUUGUCUCAGAAAUCGCUGCGAACUCAUACCACUGCAUCAUGUUCCGAAUCCUUUACGGGCCCAGACACUCUGGUAUUGAAUGGAGAAAAGGAGGAUAUUCAAUCUUCAAAGAGAACACAAGCGUGCCUCAAAGUCCUCCGCUCGCUGCGUGAGGCGCUGGAAGCCAAGGACGCUUCGCUGCCGAAGCUCUCGAAAUGGACCCUGCGGUUGGUGUCUACCAACAACUUCCCUACUGCGGCCGGUCUUGCUUCUUCAGCUGCAGGGUUCGCAGCUCUCGUCCGAGCAAUCGCUGAUCUCUACGAGCUGCCCCAAUCAGCGAAAGAGCUGUCAUUGAUUGCUCGGCAGGGCUCUGGAUCUGCCUGCAGGAGUUUGAUGGGUGGCUACGUGGCCUGGCGAGCUGGUACGAAGGAGGACGGAAGUGACAGCUUGGCUGAAGAGGUGGCACCAGUUUCGCAUUGGCCGGAAAUGAGGGCAUUGAUCUUGGUCGUCAGCGCUGAGAAGAAAGGCGUCCCGUCAACUGCAGGUAUGCAGACCACGGUCGAAACAUCCACUCUGGCACCUGCAAGAUUCAAGGAGAUUGUUCCGAAGAGGAUGCAAGAGAUAGAGAGAGCGAUUGAAGAGAGAGAUUUCGAGACUUUUGCAAGGGUCACGAUGCAGGAUUCGAAUUCGUUCCACGCCAUCUGUCUGGACUCAUGGCCGCCAAUUCACUACUUGAACGACGUAUCUCGCGCGGCCAUGAACGCGGUGGAGACGGCCAAUCGAAAAGCAGGAAAGAUGAUUUGCGCUUACACAUUCGACGCAGGGCCAAAUGCAGUCAUCUACUACCUGCAAGAACACACACACCAAGUGGCAGGAGUGUUCCGAAACAUCUUGCCUCAAGUGCCAGGUUGGGAAGGCGAGUUCGGAGAGUCUGUUCAUCCGAACGAGUAUGGAGGGUUGGAACAGAAGACGCUGAUGACGCUGAAGGCCGGUGUGAGCCGGGUCAUCUGCACGGCGGUGGGAGGAGCGCCUGAGAAGGUUGAAACACACCUGGUCGACAGCAGAGGAAAUGCUCUGGUGGAAUGA